CCCUAAAGGGACAAUGACCCAGAUAGAACUGCACACAUCUAGUGUUCUUACCAUAACUUCAACUGUCAUUGCUUAGGUACUCGAGAAUCAUCAUGAACACCAGGCUGUUAUUUCUUCUGUUGUUUUUCUUCUUAUUCAUCAAACAGACUGAGUUAAAAAAGAAACACGAAAAACAUGAAAAGCAUGGAAAGCAUGGAAAAAAACAUGGAAAACACAGAGGGCGAGUUGAAGACUUGGUUCGAGAUUAUGACUUUACAGAGGACCCAACUGAUGAUGAUGAUGAUGAUGAACAUGAUGGUGGAUGGUUGUUUGAGAUCCAGGACAUAAGAGGUCCUUGCGAGCCAAACCCUUGCUCCAAUAAUGGUAUCUGUGAAGAGAAAAGGGGAGAUAAAUUUAAGUGCAAGUGCCCCAAGCCGUUUAAAGGUAGAAGAUGUGAAAAAGCCAAAAAGGUUUGCAAGAGAAGGACAUGUGGGCGUGGACAAUGUGUUUUAACUUCAACUCCACCAUACUAUGAAUGCAAGUGCAAAGAACCAUUCAAGCCACCCAACUGUGACUUACCUGCUGCCUGUGACCCAAGUCCCUGUUUGAAUGGUGGUGAAUGUAUAAAGGAUGGCCAAGACUUCGACUGUGUCUGCCCUGACGGCUUCAGUGGAAUAUUCUGCCAAGUGGGUCCAGAUGACUGUUAUGAAGGAGAUGGAGAGUCAUACCAUGGUAAAGUUUCUGAAACUGAAGAUGGAGACGAGUGCCUAUACUGGAACUCUCAUUUUCUUCUCAGCAAAGGAGUUAACCCCUUUACUGCCUAUGAAGAUGCAGAUGGAUUGGGUCCCCACAAUUUUUGCAGAAAUCCAGAUGGUGAGGUUAAACCUUGGUGCUUCAUCAGAAGAAGGAAUAGACUAAGAUGGGAACUCUGCGAUGUGAGGAAAUGUUCAGAUGGUGUUACUACAUAUCCCACUGAGCCCGAACCCAUCACUGAAGAUCCAAAAGCUACACUUACAGCCCCAGUGAAGCCUACUAUUGCUCCUACAAGUCAACCCACCACUGUACCAGUGAAGCCUACUAUGCUUGUAACUGAAGCCACUACAGCCCAAGACGGGAAUAUCACUGAGCCAAUUAGGCAGUUUGCCACCUGUGGUAAGCCUCAACCACGGCGCAUGUUAAAUCGGAUUUAUGGUGGUAUGAAGGCUAUCCCAGGCGCCCAUCCAUGGCAAGCUUCUCUGCAGGUGCGACUCAAAGGCUCAAAUCAUGAUUUCAGGCAUAUCUGUGGAGCGGUUCUUAUUCAUAGUUGUUGGAUGCUGACAGCUGCCCACUGCAUAAAUCAAAACAAUGAGAUGCAAGUCACUCUGGGAGGAUUGGACCUAGGAAAGAAGGAAUUAUUUGAGCAGACUGUGGCAGUCCAGAUGGUUAUAGUCCAUGAGGGGUACAAAGAAACAUCUUCAGCAGUUUACAAUGAUAUUGCUCUGUUAAAACUGAAGUCCACCGAUGGGAAAUGCACUGUGGAGUCUCAGUAUGUGAAGACAGUGUGUUUGACUGACACUACUUUGCCAGAUGGAACAGAGUGCAACAUUGCAGGAUGGGGUGCAACACCUGACUCAGAAUUUGGCUCCAGCCAACUGAUGGAUGCUGAGGUGCUCCUGAUCUCACAAGACAAAUGCUCUGACAAAAAAGUCUAUGGCAGCAAAGUGGACAACAGCAUGUUCUGCGCUGGUUACCUGCAGGGUGGAAUAGACUCGUGUCAGGGUGAUUCGGGUGGCCCUUUGACAUGUGACAAGGAGGGAACACACUACCUUUAUGGUUUGGUGAGCUGGGGAGAUAGUUGUGGGAAAGCAAACAAGCCUGGUGUUUACACAAAUGUAAUCAUGUUCCUUGAUUGGAUUGCCUCAAAAAUUGGUGGCAUGAUUUGAAUAUUUGCCUAAGAAAGAUGUGUCUUUACCAUUUACUUUUAGACAUCAUUCAACUACAAUGAUGUAUUUGUAAAGAAAUAGAAAUGCAAAUGUUAAUCUUCAUUAUUCAUAAAAUAGUAAUAAAGUAUUCAAAAACAAAAA